AGAGCACUGGGCCAGCGUUCGCGUCGCUGCAGAAGCGACCCCAACAGGGCCUCGUGGAGCAACUUCUAUCUGCGCCAUGAGGAUCGAACGUUGUUAUUUUUGUUCCAGUAAGGUUUAUCCCGGCCACGGGAUUCAGUUCGUGAGGAAUGACUCCAAGGUCUUCCGAUUCUGUCGACCAAGAUGCCAUAAGGGUUUCAAGAGGAAGCGCAACCCAAGGAAUGUACGGUGGACCAAGUCAUUCAGGAAGGCAGCAGGGAAAGAACUUACAGUGGACCCUUCCUUUGAGUUUGAGAAGCGACGCAAUGUGCCAGUUAAAUACAACAGAGAACUUUGGCAGAAAACAAUGGAUGCCAUGAAGCGGGUAACGGAGAUCAAGACAAAACGUGAAGGGAAGUUUGUCAUGGACCGUCUCCUCAAGAGUCAGGAUCACCAGCGUGUGCAUGACAUUGUUGAGGUCCGCAAGGGAAUGAGUCUUAUCCGCUCUCCAGCUGCUGGACUAAAGAGGAAAAAGUUGAUGGAUGAAGAAGAAAUGGAACUGGAAGAGGAAGUGAAGCAGAGGGUGGCAGCCGGACCAUCAGGUAAGAAGGUGGAGGCGAAGAAAAAGAAGAUAGUGGAGGAAGUUGCAAUGUCCGAUGACGAAAUGAAGAUAGUAGAGGAUGACUCUGAUGAUGAUGUGAAUAAUGAUAGUGAUGACAGUGAUGACAAUGAUGGAGGUGGUGAUAAUGAUAAUGAUGACAGUGAUGAUGAAUGAUUCUUAUAAAGUUAUACAUAUAUUUCAACUUUGAAAAUGUUGUUUAUGUGUGUAGUGUAUAUGUGUGUGCAAGAGAGUCAGUAUGUUUGUGAAGAUUGACCUGUGGUGUGGGUUAGAGUCAUAAAUGUGUCUGUGUAUCAAUCUCGUGAUCUUGUAGGCAAAUGAAAUAUUUUGAAACUUGCCCACUUUCCAUUCCCCUCAUCACAUUUUUUAUUCUUAAUGACCUCCACGGGUCUUCCAUGUAUAUGAAUUUGAGUGCAGAAAGUGUAUGACAUAUAGAAUGUAUGAUAAGACUAGUGAGGGAAAUUCUGUUAUUAUGAAACUAUGGUCAUGAAUUCUGCUUGUUGAAAGUUUAGUCAUGAGGGAAUGGAUAUAUAAGAAAAGAAUUGGAUAUGAAAACAAGCUGUUUAAAAUCACAUGACAGAUAAAGGACAUGUGAGUUCAGAUUCUAAUAGAUGAAAAUGUGUAAAUGUAUUUAUGAGCCAAUAAACAUAUAAUUAGAUUGAAGAAAUAA